AUGUAUCAAAGCAGACAGCCGGCGUAUGCGCCGACACCUCAUAGUUAUAUACCGAACACAGCAUUAUCCGCAACCAUAAAUUUGGAUGAGGAAGUGAAGCUCGCCGAGUCUAGAGCAGAGCGCGACCUUCAAGACUCACUUGCAGAAGUGUUCAGUAUCAUAAUCACUUUAGAUCAACUCGAAAGAGCCUAUCUUAAGGAUGCGAUCCCAGAAUCGGACUACACUGAGACUUGCGACCGAUUAUUGAAGCAAUACAAAGCUAUAUUGGCAGACGAAAGUGUAGCUAGGGAGUUUGUGGAUUUAGAGACCUUCAAGAAUGAAUGGGAUGUGUGUAUAUUCCGAAACUUCAAUCUUCAAUACGUGAUAACUGAGUGCGAAUUUUUACAGAUAGAUGUCCCAAGAGCCACGGAAAGACUUCGAAUUGGAUUACCUAGCACCGUUACUGCACCCUCACAUAAUGCCUCCACUUCAAACAACAGCGGUACUAACGGAACGUUAAUUCUCGAAGCGACACAAGAUUUCAUAACAUUUUUAGAUGCACUUAAAUUGGGAUUAUUGGCGAAGGACCAACUACAUCCGCUACUGUCAGAUGUCAUACAAAGUGUAAAUAAAGUUACGGACAAAGACUUUGAGGGCAGGGGGAAGAUUGUUCAGUGGCUCAUUGCUUUGAAUCAAAUGAGGGCAACGGAGGAGGUCAGUGAGGAUAAAGCGCGAGAAUUGGAACUGGACAUGAAUUCGGCAUAUCAAGGAUUUAAGGCGACCUUAGCUUAG